ACUCAGGAGCAGAAUAUAGAAACUAGUGACAAUGAAAGUUGACAGAAGCAAGUUAAAGAAGACCCCCACAGAAGCGCCGACUGACUGCAGGACGCUGAUAGAAAAGCUAAAAGGAUGCAGUGAUGACCAGCUGCUGCUGGAGCUCCAGCAAAUCAAAACCUGGAACAUCGGCAAGUGUGAGCUCUACCAUUGGGUGGAUCUGCUGGACCGGUUCGAUGGGAUCCUCUGUGACGCCGGGCAGACGGUUGAGGGCAUGUCCUGGCUGCUGGUGUGCGACCAGCCGGAUAGCACCCACCACCCGGAGAACACCCACCUCAAAGCCCUCCUGCUGGCUGUGCUCAACUUCACAGCCCUGCUCAUAGAGUACAGCUUCUCCAGGCACCUAUACAGUUCUAUAGAGCACUUGACCACCCUGCUGGCAUCAUGUGACAUGCAGGUGGUUCUGGCCGUGCUGAACCUGCUCUACGUUUUCAGCAAGAGGUCCAAUUACAUCACCAGGCUGGGCUCUGACAAGAGAGCCCCACUGCUGGCUCGCCUGCAGCACCUGGCAGAGAGUUGGGGAGGGAAGGAGAAUGGCUUUGGUCUGGCUGAGUGCUGCAGAGACCUGCCGAUGACGAAGUAUCCCCCCAGUGCCACUACACUACACUUUGAGUUCUACGCUGAGCCAGCGUCUGAUGUCAAAGUGGAGAGAAAGACGAGCAGCAACACAUUACACUACAUUCACAUAGAACAGCUAGACAAGAUAUCAGAGAGCCCCUCCGAGAUCAUGGAGUCUCUGACCAACAUCUACAGCAUCCCCAAGGACAAGCAGACCCUGCUGUUCACACACAUCCGCCUGGCGCAUGGCUUCUCCACCCACAGGAAGCGGCUACAGGCCGUACAGGCCCGCCUGCACGCCAUCUCUAUACUGGUGUAUUCCAAUGCACUCCAGGAGACGGCCAACAGCAUCCUAUACAACGGAUUGAUAGAGGAGCUGGUGGAUGUGCUGCAGAUCACAGACAAACAGCUGGUGGACAUCAAGGCGGCCUCCCUGCGCACGCUGACCUCGAUAGUCCACCUGGAGCGCACGCCCAAGCUGUCCAACAUCAUCGACUGCACCGGCACAGCCUCCUACCACGGCUUCCUGCCUGUGCUAGUGCGCAACUGCAUACAGGCCAUGAUCGACCCCCUGAUGGAGCCCUACCCCCAUCAGUUUGCCACGGCCCUCUUCUCCUUCCUGUACCACCUGGCCAGCUACGACGCCGGGGGAGAGGCCCUGGUGUCCUGUGGCAUGAUGGAGGCCCUGCUCAAGGUGAUAAAGUUCCUGGGUGACGAGCAGGAUCAGAUCACCUUUGUGACGCGAGCGGUCAGAGUGGUUGACCUCAUCACCAACCUGGACAUGGCCGCUUUCCAGUCACACAGCGGCCUUACCAUCUUCAUCUGCAGGCUGGAGCAUGAGGUCGACCUCUCCAGGAAAGAGUGUCCUUUCGUCAUCAAGCCAAAGACCCAGAGGCCGGGCACGGCUGCUGAAACCGAAGACAUGGACACAGACAUGGAGGUCUCCGACGUUGCCAUGGAGAGCAGCCCAGGGCCCUCGACCUCUGCCGAGCCCAGACCAGACGUUGAAAGCCGAGCGCAGAGCAGCACUGCAUACACGCCUAGAGCAGGAGUGCAGUGCAUCCCCCAGAGGGCCGCUCUGUUGAAGUCCAUGCUGAACUUCUUGAAGAAAGCCAUUCAGGACCCUGCCUUCUCUGAUGCCAUUCGCCAUGUAAUGGACGGGUCCCUGCCUACCUCACUGAAACACAUCAUUAGUAACGCGGAGUACUAUGGCCCUUCUCUAUUCCUGCUGGCGACGGAGGUUGUGACGGUGUUCGUGUUCCAGGAGCCGUCCCUCCUGUCCUCCCUGCAGGACAACGGCCUGACGGACGUCAUGCUGCACGCGCUGCUCAUCAAAGACGUUCCCGCCACCCGGGAGGUGCUGGGGUCGCUGCCCAACGUGUUCAGCGCGCUGUGCCUCAACGCUCGCGGCCUGCACUCCUUCGUCCAGUGCCAGCCGUUCGAGCGCCUCUUCAAGGUGCUGCUGUCGCCCGACUACCUGCCCGCCAUGCGCCGCCGCCGCAGCUCCGACCCGCUCGGAGACACUGCAUCUAAUCUGGGGAGUGCUGUGGAUGAGCUGAUGAGGCACCAGCCCACCCUGAAGACUGACGCCACCACCGCCAUCAUCAAGCUGCUGGAGGAGAUCUGCACCCUGGGUCGGGCCGCCGAGUACAUCUGCCAGAAACCGUCCAUCCAGAAGGCGGACGGGUCUGUGUCAGCGCCCCCAGCCCGGUCCAGCCACGCCGCGGAAGAGGCCUCCAGCGAAGAUGAAGAGGAGGAGGAGGCGCUGCACUCCUUCACCCAGCAGGGGGAGCCAGAGAGCAACAGGCAGAUCGUUGGCACUGAGGAGCGCAUUCCCAUUCCUCUGAUGGACUACAUCCUGAACGUAAUGAAGUUUGUGGAGUCGAUCCUCAGCAAUAACACCACCGAUGACCACUGCCAGGAGUUUGUGAGUCAGAAGGGGCUACAGCCGCUGGUGUCCAUCCUGGGGCUGCCCAACCUGCCCAUCGACUUCCCCACCUCUGCUGCCUGCCAGGCGGUCGCUGGAGUCUGCAAGUCCAUACUGACCCUGUCCCACGAGCCCAAGGUCCUGCAGGAGGGCCUGUGUCAGCUGGACCUGAUCCUGACGGCGCUGGAGCCCCUGCAUCGGCCCAUCGAGGCCCCCGGAGGCUCCGUGCUGCUGCGCGAGCUCGCCACCGCCAGCCAUGUGACCGACGCCACGCUGUCGGCCCGCGCCACGCCCCUGCUGCACGCGCUCACCGCCGCGCACGCCUACAUCAUGAUGUUCGUCCACACCUGCCGAGUCGGACAGAGUGAGAUCAGGGUGAUCUCGGUGAACCAGUGGGGUUCCCAGCUGGGCCUGACGGUUCUGAACAAGCUGAGCCAGCUGUACUGCUCUCUGGUGUGGGAGAGCACGGUCCUGCUGUCCCUCUGCACGCCCAACAGUCUGCCCCCGGGGUGCGAGUUUGGCCAGGCCGACAUGCUGAAGCUGGUGCCCAAAGAGGAGAGGCCGGCCGGCAGCACAGCGCCCCCUGCUGCUCCGGGUGUCCGGAGGACAGAGGUGGAGAGCGAGGGAGUGGGCGUGGACACGUCGGCCCAGGGCCUGCUCGAAGGCAUGGGGCUGGACGGCGACACGCUGGCCCCCAUGGAGACGGACGAGCCCACAGCCACCGACCCCAAAGCCAAGCCCAAACUCACCCCGGCCAUGGCCGCCCGCAUCAAACAGAUCAAACCACUGCUCUCAGCCUCCUCCCGUUUGGGCCGGGCCCUGGCCGAGCUCUUCGGGCUGCUGGUGAAGCUCUGCGUGGGCUCCCCGGUGAGGCAGCGCCGCUCCCACCACGCCCCCAGCACCGGCACCGCUCCCACGCCCGCCGCCCGUGCCACGGCCUCCUCCCUCACCAAGCUGCUGACCAAGGGCCUGAGCUGGCAGCCACCCCCCUACACGCCCACCCCUCGUUUCAGACUGACCUUCUUCAUCUGCUCGGUGGGGUUCACGUCCCCGAUGCUGUUCGAUGAGAGGAAGUACCCCUACCACCUCAUGCUGCAGAAGUUCUUCUGCUCAGGAGGACACGACGCGCUCUUCGAGACCUUCAACUGGGCGCUGUCGAUGGGCGGGAAGGUGCCGGUGUCGGAGGGCCUGGAGCACUUGGAGCUGCCGGACGGCACGGGCGAGUUCCUGGACGCCUGGCUGAUGCUGGUGGAGAAGAUGGUGAACCCCAGCACCGUGCUGGACUCGCCGCACGCCCUGCCCGCCAAGACGCCCGGCGCCACGCCCAGCACCACGCCCGCCGCCCCGCAGUUCAGCGCCCUGCGCUUCCUCAUCGUCACGCAGAAGGCGGCCUUUAACUGCAUCCGCAGCCUGUGGAACCGGCGGCCGCUGAAGGUGUACGGCGGCCGCAUGGCCGAGUCCAUGCUGGCCAUCCUCUGCCACAUCCUGCGGGGGGAGCCCACCAUCCGCGAGCGGCUGGCCAAGGAGCGGGAGGGCGGGGCGCGGCCCGAGGAGGAGAGCACCGCCGCGGGGACCGGGGGCUCCAGCGCCCCGCCCGGAGCCGCCGGAGCAGGGACCGCGGGGGCCGGCACGGCCAGCACCGCCCCCCCAGCGGCAGGGACAGCUGAGGAAGGGACCGCCUCCACCCCCAGGAGGGAGCCCCAGGUCAACCAGCAGCAGCUCACGCAGCUGAUGGACAUGGGCUUCUCCAGAGAGCACGCAAUGGAGGCCCUCCUCAACACCAGCACCAUGGAGCAGGCCACCGAGUACCUGCUGACUCACCCCCCGCCCAUGCUGAGCGGAGUUGCCCGGGAUCUGACCAUGUCUGAAGAGGACCAGAUGAUGCGAGCAAUCGCAAUGUCAUUGGGACAGGAAGUCAGCAUGGAGCAGCGCUCUGACUCACCCGAGGAAGCGGCGCGGAGGCGGGAGGAGGAGGAGCGGCGGGCGCGGGAGCGGGCGGAGGAGGAGGAGGCGCGGUGUCUGGAGCGCUUCCUGGAGGCGGAGCCGCUGGACUCGGCCGAGCUGCACGCGUUCACAGACACCAUGCUGCCGGGCUGCUUCCACCUGCUGGACGAGCUGCCCGACACCGUGUACCGCGUCUGCGACCUGCUCAUGACCGCCAUCAAGAGGAGCGGCCCCGAGUACCGCGACCUCAUCCUCCGCCAGGUCGUCAACCAGGUGUGGGAGGCAGCCGAUGUCCUGAUCAAAGCGGCUGUUCCUCUCACCACCAGCGACACAAAGACGGUGUCAGAGUGGACCAGUCAGAUGGUCACCCUGCCGCAGGCCUCCAACCUGGCCACACGCAUCCUCCUGCUCACCCUGCUGUUCGAGGAGCUGAAGCUGUCGUGCGCGCGCAUUGUGGAGAGCAGCGAGAUUCUGAACGUGCUGAUUAAACUGCUGGAGGUGGUGCAGCCCACCCUGCAGGCUGCCAAGGAGCAGAAGGACGUUCAGACACCCAAAUGGAUGACACCGGUGCUGCUGCUCAUUGAUUUUUAUGAGAAGACUGCGGUCUCUUCCAAGCGCAGAGCGCAGAUGAACAAGUACCUGCAGCCGAACGGUAAUAACUGGCGUUGGUUUGACGACCGGUCGGGCCGCUGGUGCAGCUACAGCGCCAGCAACAACAGCACCAUCGACUCGGCCUGGAGGGCCGGGGAGAGCAGCGUGCGCUUCACCGCAGGCCGCCGCAGAUACACCGUGCAGUUCAACACCAUGGUGCAGGUGAACGAGGAGACGGGUAACCGGCGGCCGGUGAUGCUGACCGUGCAGAGAGUCCCUCGCACUCCCAAACCCUCCAAGAACGGCAGCGUCAACGACAUGGAGCGGGAGGGGGAGGAAGGAGAGAGGGAGCGAGGGAAGGAGGAGGAGACGCAGGCCGACGCAGAUUCGGCCUCCGUCGCCGUGGAGAUGAACGCCGCCAAAGACGGGCCGGAGCCCUCGACCCCGCCCCCGCGGCCCGCCCCGGACGGGCCGGCGGCGGAGGCGGGGCAGGCGGGCGGGGCGGUGAUCCAGGGCCUUACGGCGGAGAUGACCACGGUGCUGAUCCGGGCGUGCGUGAGCAUGAUCGGCGUGCCGGUGGACCCGGACACGCUGCACGCCACGCUGCGGCUGUGCCUGCGGCUGACGCGCACGCACCGCUACGCCAUGAUGUUCGCCGAGCUCAAGAGCACGCGCAUGAUCCUGGGCCUGACGCAGAGCUCCGGCUUCAACGGCUUCACGCCGCUCGUCACGCUGCUCUUCCGCCACGUCAUCGAGGACCCCGCCACCCUGCGCCACACCAUGGAGAAGGUGGUCCGGUCCGCAGUGACCAGCGGGGCGGGCAGCACCACCUCGGGCGUGGUGUCCGGCAGCCUGGGCUCCAGGGAGAUCAACUACAUCCUGCGUGUGCUGGGGCCGGCCGCCUGCCACCAAUUAGAUUCAGUAAUCUGAUUUUUCUCCACUCUUUCCCUCUCUCUCCCCCCCAUUCCCCCUUCCCACCCUCAAUUCUCCCCAGCCUCAGAUGAUGAGUUUGAGAACUUGCGGAUCAAGGGUCCAAACGCAGUGCAGCUGGUGAAGACCACGCCCCUGAAGUUGUGCCCCCUGCCCCCCAUUCCUGACCCCAUCAAAGAGGUCAUCUACGACAUGCUGAACGCACUGGCUGCCUACCACGCCCCUGAGGAGGCAGAGCGAGGUGAGCCUCGGCCAGUGGCGGGCUCUGGAGCUCCAGACCUGUGUCAGAUCCUGCAGGACGUGGGAGACGAUGUGUAUCAGCAGUACAGACUGACACGACAGGGCAGCGACUUUGACUCACAGACUGCCUUCAACAUCAAUUCUCAGGUGUUUGCUGCAGAUGGAAGUGCUGCAGAAUCAUCUCAAUCUGGCACGCCGCAAGGAGAAGCUUCGACCCCGGAGGAGAAUCGGGAGGGGAAGAAGGAUCGGGAGGGGGAGAGGGGUGCGGGGUCGGAGGACAGCCGGGGGGCCAAAGCCAAAGCCAGCAAACCGCUGAUGCCCACCUCCACCAUCCUGCGGCUGCUGGCCGAGCUGGUGCGCUCCUACGUGGGCAUCGCCACCCUCAUCGCCUCCUACUGCUACACCGCCGGCCAGUCUGAGCUCAUCAAAGAGGACUGCAGUGUUCUGGCUUUCGUGUUGGACCACCUGCUGCCGCACACGCAGAACUCGGAGGAUAAGGACACUCCGGCGCUGGCGCGGCUCUUCCUGGCCAGCCUGGCAGCCGCUGGCACGGGCACCGACGCCCAGGUCGCCCUGGUCAACGAGGUUAAGGCGGCACUGAGCCGCGCGCUGGCCAUGACCGAGAGCAGCGAGAAACACGCGCGGCUGCAGGCAGUGAUGUGCAUCAUCAGCACCAUCAUGGAGUCGUGCCCCUCCACCUCCAGCUUCUACAGCACCGCCGCCGCCAAGACGCAGCACAACGGCAUGAACAACAUCAUCCGCCUCUUCCUCAAGAAGGGCCUGGUCAACGACCUGGCCAGAGUCCCGCACAGCCUCGACCUGUCCAGCCCCAACAUGGCCAACACGGUGAACGCGGCGCUGAAGCCGCUGGAGACGCUGUCCCGCAUCGUCAACCAGCCCAGCAGCCUGUUCGGCGGGAAGGGCGGGUCCAGCAAGAGCAAGGCGGAGCACGACACAGCCGGCGCCGCCCGCGACAGCACCAGCAACACGCAGGACCCCGGAGACCCUGGGGAGGCGGAGCCUGUGGAGGGCUCUGGCCCCGCCCAGGGGCCGGACAGCGACCUGAUGGACGGGGAGACAGAAGGAGACAGCGUGGUCAUCGCUGGCCGGCCGGAGGUCCUAGGCCCGCAGGAGAUGCAGGUGGAAAAUGAGCUGGUGGACCUCAUAGAUGAGCUGUUGGAGAGAGAUGCUGGGACAGUCAACAGCACCAUCAUCGUUGGGCGCAGCGGUGAGGACGAGUCUCAGGAGGACGUGCUUAUGGACGAGGCCCCGUCAAUCAACCUGAGCCAGGCCUCCACUCUGCAGGCAAACCGAGAAGACUCCAUGAACAUCCUGGAGCCGGAGGAUGAGGAGCACACUCAGGAGGAAGACUCCAGCGGCAGCAACGAGGACGAAGACAGUCAGGAUGAAGAAGAGGAGGAGGAGGAAGAGGAGGAAGACGAUCAGGAUGAUGAAGAGGGCGAUGAGGACGAUGAUGACGAAGGCUCUGAGAUGGAACUAGAUGAAGAUUACCCCGACAUCAACGCCGCCCCACACAUCCGCUUCGAGAGGUUCGACCGGGACGAUGACCUCAUCAUCGAGUUCGACAACAUGUUCUCCACCACAGCGGACAUCCCUCCUUCCCCAGGGAACAUCCCCAGCUCCCACCCCCUGAUGGUGCGCCACGCAGACCACGGCUCCCUCACCCUGGGAGGGGGCGGGGCCAGCAGCCGAUUAGCGCAGGGAAUGGGGCGGAGCCAGCGCACGCUCCGCCAGCUGACCGCCAACACCGGCCACACCAUCCACGUCCACUACCCCGGCAACCGGCAGCCCAACCCGCCCCUGAUCCUUCAGAGGUUGCUGGGCCCCAGCGCAGCGGCAGACAUCCUGCAGCUCUCCAGCUCCCUCCCCCUGCAGUCCCGCGGCCGCGCCCGCCUGCUGGUGGGCAACGAGGACGUGCACAUCAUCGCCCGCUCCGACGACGAGCUGCUGGACGACUUCUUCCAGGAACAAAGCAGCACCGGGGGGCAGGCCGGAACCCUGUCCAGCAUCCCCACAGCCCUGACCAGGUGGACUGAUGAAUGUAAAGUGCUGGACGCUGAGAGCAUGCACGACUGUGUGGCAGUGGUGAAGGUGCCCAUCCUGCAGCACCUGGAGAGCCUGAGGGACGAGGAGCUGGAGGAGCGGCGGGAGAAGAGGAGGCGCCAGUUGGUGGAGGAAGAGGAGACCAAACAGAACGAGAAGAGCAGCGACAGAGGAGAGGAGAGCCUGCAGGGUUCGGAGCUGAGAGCCGUCAACGGGCCGGAGCAGAGCUCAGCAGAAGGGGAGCAGGGUCAGUGUGGGGUGGCGUCUUGCCUGGAUCCUCCCCGUGUGUCAGAAGGCUUCCUCACGGCACCCCCGUCGGGAGAAGCCACGCCCACCACGCCCGCCCCUCCUCACCAGCCUGCCCUGGUCUCCCUGGAGACGGCCGUCAAUCAGCAGGUGCACCAGCCAAUCGCGGACCUGCUGGUGGCUGAGUCACACGCCGAUUCCCUGGUGGCCUUGGGGCUCCCCGAGAUGUCGGCGCCUGAUAGGCCGAACUGUGAGGUGGAGGCGUCGCAGAUGGAAAUGUCCCCUGCGCCCACGAUAGCCUCUCUCAGCCCUGAGCAAGGCGAGAGCUCGGAACCCCUAGCUGUGGGCGUGUCCCAGCUGGAAGGGUCGCCCAUGGAUACCAGCAGCCCUGCCUCUGCCACUCAGGAAGACCCCACCCCCAUCUCGGCCUCAGCCAGUCACACGUCACAGGAGUUGCCUGGGGGCGGGGCCAGCGCACAGACUGACAGGCAGACAGAUGCAGAGGGCGGCGCUGUCUCCUCCCCUGGCGAGACCACGCCCCGAAACGACAGCGCAGACAGCCAAUCGCAGGGCAUUCAGGAAGAACCCCUCCCAUCCACCAGCAAUGAGGAGGAGGACCCUCUGGCAGGGAUCAGUCUCCCGGAGGGAGUGGACCCCUCGUUCCUGGCUGCUCUCCCGGAGGAUAUCCGCCGCGAGGUCCUGCAGAACCAGCUGGGCAUUCGGCCCCCGGCCCGCCCUCCCGCCGCCCCCUCCCUCUCGCCCUCUGCCGCCCCAGUCCUGGGGGGCGGGCCCGGGGUCACCGAGGUCAGCCCCGAAUUCCUGGCUGCCCUGCCCCCUGCCAUUCAGGAAGAGGUCCUGGCCCAGCAGCGGGCGGAGCAGCAGCGGCGGGAGCUAUCCCAGCAGCCCCCGCAGGGCGACCAGCCGCUGGACCCGGUCACCUUCAUCCAGACGCUGCCGUCGGAGCUGCGGCGCAGCGUGCUGGAGGACAUGGAGGACAGCGUGCUGGCGGUGAUGCCGCCGGACAUCGCGGCCGAGGCCGCCGCGCUGCGCCGCGAGCAGGAGGCCCGCCAGCGCCAGCUGAUGCACGAGCGCCUGUUCGGCCACAGCUCCUCGUCCGCGCUGUCCGCCAUCCUGCGCUCGCCCGCCUUCAGCAACCGCCUGGGCAACCGCAACGUGCAGUACACCCGCCUGGCCGUGGCGCCCGGCCGCUCCUUCCCUGUGGGGGGCGCCGCUAACCACAGCCGCCCCUCCAGCUCCAGCGUGGACUCUCUGCUGCGUCUGCGGGGGCGGCUGCUCCUGGACCACGAGGCGCUGUCCUGCCUGCUGGUGCUGCUGUUUGUGGACGAGCCGCGGCUGAACACCAGCCGGCUGCACCGCGUGCUGCGCAACCUGUGCUACCACUCGCAGACGCGCGGCUGGGUCAUCUGCAGCCUGCUGUCCAUCCUGCAGCGCAGCAGCGAGAGCGAGCUGUGCAUCGAGACGCCCCGGCCCGACGACGCCCGCGGCAAGCGGGCGCUGGGCGCCGCGGGGGGCAAGGGCUCGGCCGCCGCCUCCGCCUCGUCCUCCUCGUCCCUCUCUCUCUCUUCCUCCUCCUCGUCCUCCUCGUCCUCCUCCUCCCUGGACUUGCUCAACAGGGUGGAGUCCCGCAGCUCCACCCAGCUCUCCUGGCUGUCCGUCUCCAUGGACGCGGCGCUGGGCUGUCGGACCAACAUCUUUCAGAUCCAGCGGGCGGCGGGGCGGAAGCACGCCGAGAGGCAUUCGGCCAGCGCGGCGUGCACGGCCGGGGGGCCGGGCGGGGGCAUGGGCGGGGCAGGAGGGGGCGGGACGGGAGCGGGCGGGGUCAGCUGUGUGGGUGGAGGAGGCUCCACCGUGCACAUCCACCCCCAGGCUGCUCCCGUCGUCUGUCGUCACGUUCUCGACACCCUCAUCCAGCUGGCCAAGGUCUUCCCCAGCCACUUCACCCAGCAGCGCUGCAAAGACCUGCCUUCCUCCUCCUCCGAGCUGGACGCUCGCCUGGGGGUGGGGCCAGCGGCAGGAACAGGAAGCGGAGGCGGCAGAUCCCUCCCCUCGUCCCAAACGGUUGCCGCCGCCUCCUCCGCCCCCUCCUCCACCAGCAGCCCCCUGGGAGCGUGCACGGCGCCCAGCAUGCUCACCCCGCAGUCCCUGGGCGUGUCCACGGACUUCUGGGACCUCCUGGUCAAACUGGACAACAUGAAUGUGAGCCGCAAGGGCAAGGCGUCGAUGAAGGUGCUGCCCCCGGGGGCCCUGGGCGAGGCGGACGGGGCGCAGGGCAGCCUGGAGGCGUCGCCGCUGGGGCAGCUGAUGAACAUGCUGUCCCACCCGGUCAUCCGCCGCAGCUCCCUGCUGACGGAGAAGCUGCUCCGCCUGCUGUCGCUCAUCUCCAUCGCCCUGCCCGACAACAAGGCCACGGAGGUCACCGCCCCCCACCCCGCGGCCCCGCCCGCCGCCGCCGGUGCCGCCGCCCAGGCCGCCGCCGCCGGCCCCGCCCAGGCUGCUCCCGCCCCCGCCCCGGCUCCCGCAGGCCCCGCCCCCGUCGCCACACAGGGCCCCGCCUCCGGGAGCGUCUCUGCGCCGGCGCACCCCUCCGCCGUCGCCACCACCACCGUUUCGACCUCCACCUCUACGGCCACCUCUACUGCCAAGCAGCGGGCAUCAGUGUGCAGUGCUGACAGCGACAGUAAGCUGGCCUCUACGGGACUCACAGAGAAGCAGCUGCAGCUCUCUGUGGAGGUGCUGACGUCACACUCGUGUUCGGAGGAGGGUCUGGAGGACGCCGCCAACAUCCUGCUGCAGCUGUCCCGCGGCGACGCGCCCACGCGCGACACCGUCCUCAGACUGCUGCUAUCCGGCGCCCGGCAGCUCGGCUACACCCUCUGCAAGCAGAUAGGUACCCUAUUGGCUGAGCUGAGGGAGUACAACCUGGAGCAGCAGAGACGCGCCCACGCCGACGCCCACUCGCCCGACGCCACGCCGGACGACGCCGCCCACUCCGCACGGCUCAAGGGCAAGAUGACCAGCAGGUUCGACGGGGCCGAGAGCGUGGUGAUCGUGGCCGCUCAGAAGCGCACCCUGGGCGGCCGGGAGCUGCAGCUGCCCUCCAUGAGCUCCCUGACCUCCAAGACGUCCACGCAGAAGUUCUUCCUGCGCGUGCUGCAGGUCAUCAUCCAGCUGCGCGAGGACACGCGCCGAGCCAACAAGAAGGCCAAGCAGAGCGGGAGGCUAGGUUCGUCCAGCCUGGGGUCGGCCAGCAGUAUCCAGGCAGCGGUUCGCCAGCUGGAGGCGGAAGCGGACGCCAUUAUUCAGAUGGUGAGGGAGGGGCAGCGGGCGCGCCGGCUACAGCAGGCUCCCCCUCCUUCCUCCUCCUCCAACGCCGCCGUCACCGCUGCAUCCUCCAUAGCGGCCCCCCACCCCCCUGGCGUCGCCCCAGCCAACGUCCCCCCCGCCGGCACGGCCAGCGCUGCUACGUCGGAAGUCCAGUCGGUGUCGGAGCCCCCUCCUGCGCAGAGAGACGACUCCCCCAUGGACGUGGACCAGCCGCCCCCCCUGGACCAGGAGCCCCCCCCUCUGGGUGGAGAGAGCAGCAGCCAAGCGGAGCAGGAGGAGAAGCUGCCAGACCUCCCCCUCCUGAGCGAGCAGCUCCUAUUGGACGAGCUGUGGGACAUGCUGGGAGAGUGUUUGAAAGAACUGGAGGAGUCGCACGACCAGCAUGCGGUCCUGGUGCUGCAGCCGGCGGUAGAGGCCUUCUUCCUGGUCCACGCGACGGAGCGCGAGAGCAAGCCCCCGGUGAGGGACACGCGGGAGAGCCAGCUGUCCCACAUCAAGGACGAGCCGCCGCCCCUGUCCCCCGCCCCGCUCACCCCGGCCACGCCCUCCUCCCUCGACCCCUUCUUCUCCCGCGAGCCGUCCUCCAUGCACAUCUCCGCCAACCUGCCGCCCGACACGCAGAAGUUCCUGCGCUUCGCUGAGACCCACCGCACGGUGUUGAACCAGAUCCUGCGGCAGUCCACCACACACCUGGCGGACGGCCCCUUCGCCGUGCUGGUGGACUACAUCCGCAUCCUGGACUUUGACGUCAAGCGCAAGUACUUCCGGCAGGAGCUGGAGCGGCUGGACGAGGGCCUGAGGAAGGAGGACAUGGCGGUGCACGUCCGCCGGGACCACGUGUUCGAAGACUCCUACAGAGAGCUGCACCGCAAGAGCCCCGAGGAGAUGAAGAACCGCCUGUACAUAGUGUUUGAGGGAGAGGAGGGUCAGGACGCGGGGGGUCUGCUGAGGGAGUGGUACAUGAUCAUUUCUCGGGAGAUGUUCAACCCCAUGUACGCCCUCUUCCGCACCUCGCCCGGCGACCGGGUCACCUACACCAUCAACCCCUCCUCCCACUGCAACCCCAACCACCUCAGCUACUUCAAGUUUGUGGGGCGCGUGGUGGCCAAGGCAGUGUACGACAACCGACUGCUGGAGUGCUACUUCACACGCAGCUUCUACAAGCACAUCCUAGGGAAGAGCGUCAGGUACACGGACAUGGAGAGUGAGGAUUAUCACUUCUACCAGGGCCUGGUCUACCUGCUGGAGAACGAUGUGUCCACAUUGGGCUAUGAGCUGACGUUCAGCACAGAGGUCCAGGAGUUUGGAGUGUGUGAGGUGAGGGACCUGAAGCUCAACGGAGCAAACAUCCUGGUGACGGAGGAGAAUAAGAAGGAGUACGUCCACCUGGUCUGUCAGAUGAAGAUGACAGGCGCCAUUCGGAAGCAGCUGGCGGCCUUCCUGGAGGGCUUCUACGAGAUCAUCCCCAAGAGGCUGAUCUCCAUCUUCACCGAGCAGGAGCUGGAGCUGCUCAUCUCCGGCCUGCCCACCAUUGACAUUGACGACCUGAAGGCCAACACUGAGUACCACAAGUACCAGUCCAGUUCCAUACAGAUCCAGUGGUUCUGGCGGGCCUUGCGGUCGUUUGACCAGGCGGACCGCGCCAAGUUCCUGCAGUUUGUUACGGGCACGUCCAAAGUGCCGCUGCAGGGCUUCGCUGCGCUGGAGGGUAUGAACGGGAUCCAGAAGUUCCAAAUUCACCGCGAUGACCGCUCCACUGACCGGCUACCUUCCGCCCACACCUGCUUUAACCAGCUGGACCUGCCAGCCUAUGAGAGCUAUGAGAAGCUGAGACACAUGCUGCUGCUGGCCAUUCAGGAGUGUUCGGAGGGCUUCGGACUGGCCUAGACACGUAGACUGUUCACACACACACGCAGACACACACAGGCACACACAUGCAAACGCCACGCACACAUUCGAGCGCACACCCAGAUACUGGUCUGAAUUCUGAGACACACUGAAGUCACGCAGACAUGACGUGUGAGAGAGCCACGAGUUUUGAACUGUUGUACAUUCACCUAAACUUUACCCAGACCAAUCAAAAGCCCACGGAGACGCACACGCAAACACGGACACGCGUGUGCAAACACCGUCGAGACAUUUACCGGAGCGCUCUUCUCAACGGCCCAGUCACACUGGUUAUCCUAUACGUACAAAGACAACCACACACCAGAUUGCUGACUGCAUAUAGCCACAUGCCGACACACAGACUCAUGCAGUGUCCUUGUGUGUCUGAGUGUCUCUCUCCCUCCCUGAUUAAAACUGCAAACCUGAGAGAUUGAGGAGACUUGGACUAAUAUUAAGAUUUUUUUCCCAUUUUGUUUUUCUUUGUGCGAAAGAUUUGGGGGAGUAUAUUAUACUUACUAAUUGUUUUUUUGUUUUUUUUUCUCGCCUGUGUAAAAUGGAGAAGGGGUUUUGUGUGUGAUCGCCAUGGUUAUAAAAUUUUUGGAGGAAAAAGA